AUGGCGUCGCGAUGCGUUCUCUUGUGCAGCAGACGUCUUCACCACCAAAAUCUGCCACGGUCAUAUAUUCGAGCGUUAGCCGCUCCUCUUCUCUACAAACAAAGGCCCAACAGUACACAAGCCACGGCACGCAAAGGCAUCCACCCUGACGAGCUCGAACAAUUACUCGCAGAGCCAACGUGGUCUGUCGAGUCGCUGCUUCCGCCUGCAGCUCGUGCAGCUCGUGCACCCGAUGCUCCCGAAAUCACGUCUCAACAGCUCCACCAUCUGUUGCGACUUUCUGCGCUUCCACCCCCGGAGACGCCGGAGCAGGAGCAGAAGAUGCUGGACACAUUAGCCGCGCAGCUGCACUUUGUGGGGAAGAUACAAGAAGUGGAUACCACCGGCGUCGAGCCUUUACGAGCAAUACGCGACGAAACGAUAGCAGCUGAGGAAGAACACAAAAUAACUGUAGCGACGCUCCAGGAAGCUCUAGACAAAGAAAAGGUCAUUGGAACACACUAUAAGCGCAUACAGAGAGAUGCCUCACCUGUGGAUGCCAAAGAUGCUGAAGACUGGGAUGUCUUGGGCUCAGCAGAACGAAAAGCUGGAAAGUACUUUGUUGCGGAAAGCGAGCGUCCGCAAGAGUAG